AUCACAAUUGGUUAUAAUUAUCAUGCAUAAACUGCAUAUGCACGUUAUUUUCACAGAAGUAUUUAAUAACAAACCAGUCAAUACUAAUACGCAUGAUAAAUUUAUUUGAGCAGAUCAGUCGAUUGCAGAAAACCUUGUGAUCCACACUGUCAUGUUCUUUGCAACAUGAAUACUUUAAUAGAACUAAUUCUUAUUACUGUGCUUCUCCUAUUAGUGUUAUAUCUUUUAACAGGUUUACAAACUUUCUAUAUUUUUAUUAAAAAUUAUAUGAUCCUGCAAAAAAUACCAGGACCUUCCAGGUAUGGAAUAAUAAAGGGAAAUAUACCAUAUAUGGGAAACUCUCCAGAUGUCGUGUUUAAGCAAUGUAGACAAGCCGUAAAAGAUUUUUAUCCAAUUUACAAAAUAUACGUGGCGCAUAAAAUAAGCAUCCACAUUGUUACCCACGAAGACAGCGAAUUAGUUAUGUCUAAUCCCAUCCACAACAAAAAAGGAUACAUCUAUAAAACGGUACACAAGUGGUUAAAAUUCGGACUUUUGACCAGUUCCGGAGAGAAAUGGCAAACCAGAAGAAAAAUUCUGACACCAGCGUUCCACUUCAACAUUCUCCAAGAAUUUGUUUCAGUUUUCAACGAACAAACGGAACAGCUGAUAGAAGCGUUGAAAGAAGAAUGUAAGAAACCUUACGUGGAAUUGAAUUCUUUGGUAACACAGUUCACUUUAAAAACGAUAUCUGAGACGGCAAUGGGUACUAAAGUCAAUUUCCAAAGUAAAAAUGACCGCAACUACGAGAAAGCACUUCAUGACAUGGGCAAAAUAUUUUUCCAUAAAUUUUUCCAUCCGUGGUGCAUCGAUGAAAUCGGGAACUUUCUAUUUUCUCCGUUCUUUUUUGAAGAAAGAAAACUUACAAAAACGUUGCACCAGUUUACGAAAGAAGUGAUUCAAGAGAAAGAAAAAACAUUCACUGACGAAGAGGCGGAAGAAGAGCACAGUGUUUACAAAGGGAAAAAACGUAGAGCCAUGUUAGAUCUUCUGCUGUCUGCCAAAAAGAACGAAAGCAUCAUUGACGACGACGGUAUCCACGAAGAAGUUGACACUUUUAUGUUCGAAGGUCACGAUACGACAGCUACGGCUCUAAGUUUCAUGUUGAUGCUCCUAGCUAACAACGACAACGUGCAAAAAUGUGCGUAUCAAGAAAUGGUUGAAGUUCUUGAAAACCCGAAUAAGCAACCAACUUACAACGAACUACAAAACUUGAGAUAUAUGGAACGCUGUAUCAAAGAGAGUCUUCGACUGUAUCCCAGUGUCUAUUUUAUCUCGAGAACAUUAGGCGAAGAUCUGAGGCUCACGAGCGGAUAUCUACUACCUAAAGAUACUGACGUUUUCAUACACAUUUACGACGUCCAUCACAAUCCUGACGUUUAUCCUGAUCCUGAAAGAUUCGACCCCGACAGAUUCCUGCCCGAAAAUGCUCAAAACAGACAUCCUUAUGCAUAUUUGCCUUUUAGUGCAGGACCAAGAAAUUGUAUCGGACAAAAGUUCGCCAUCUUGGAAAUGAAAGCAACACUAUGCGCCAUUUUAAGCAAUUUUGUACUUGAGCCAGUAGAUACCCCGGAAACUAUCAAGCCUAUGGCAGAUAUUGUGCUCAGAACAAAAGAAGACAUAAAAGUGAAAUUCAUUCCGCGUUUUUGAUUAAAGAAAAUAUUCAAAAACUUCUUUAUUCACUAGGGAGGGUCAUUUUUCUGGGGUGUCAGAGUCCUUAAGUUAGUGAGAUCUGUGUAUUUCUACAAAAUUUUUACAUUCAGAUUGAACCUUAGUAGGAAAAUAGUCAAAAAUUAAUAAAAAACAAAAAAUACUGCGUCACAGUCUCCCUCUCUCCUGUAAGAGAUGGUAUCGCCGAUCUACUAUUACUAUUAUACACAGACCUUACUAACUUACGUACUUUGCUGGGGUAUUAUAGUCGUGUUUAUUACAAACUAGCAUAUUUUCAAUAAAAUUUUUCUCAGCUUCCUUUGCCUGGAAUUGUGGCAUGAAAUCGCCGAACCAGCCUUGGAAUUUGAACGAGUAAAAUUAGAAUUGCAAUAUUUCAUUGUUUAUGUUUUGUACAUUGCAACAAAACUUGAUUAUAUGAAAUUAAAUAUUCGCCUAAAAUAAA